AUGGACGCGAAUUACAACGCUCUGAGAGCUUCCAAUGUCUGGCACCGCGCCCCCGUGUCCGAGGACUGCGUGGAAGGGAUGAGGCUCUGCUACGCAUACGGUAGGCCAACAACAAAAUUGAUGCUGGAGACCAGUCUCACCUCUGGCUAUCCAGCUCUUUACGGUGGGCUCUCGGGGUGCCGCACCACCACCAAGGCGCAGUUCCAGUCGCCUUGUGCCGCCACAAUCCUAGGUCCUGUCAUGAUCGGGGCACCCGACUUUGGGAACUUUUGCACCAAGAUCUCUCCGCUGGCCGCAUUUGUUGACGUAUACCUGCCCCCAGUCUGGUCUCCGGCUGUGAACUAUGCAGACAAAGGCCACGCCAUGGUUGCUACCCAGCCCCCCGCACCCACGGGGACCUUCGCAGCCUCGCUGACAGGAUACCGCCAUCGGUUUCCAGCAUCCACUGAGUUGGUGGCUCAUGGGACCGCACACUACUACGGUUGCAUCACCUUGCACCACCGCAACGGCCCCGGACUCUCGUUCUUUACACACGUCUGUAGAAACGUGAUACUACGCCUCAGCAACGGCAAUCCAGACUCUUUAGAUCUCAGAUUGAGGCUCAACUGGCCUGAUGACGCCUGCCUCGAGUCAAGCGCCAGCUGCAAGGUUACCAACAUCAUGGCCAGUUGCAAGGAUAGUACGUACAUGCUGCACGAGUACGUGAAGUUCAUGUACGCAGACCCGAUGGGCUAUGACUCACUAGCCCAAUCUAGCCAGAUGCCGAGCUCGCCAGGGUCACCACAUCCGACACCCAGCUCUUGA